AUGGAUGAUUCAAAAAUUAAAUUAUUAGUCAAAAAAUUAGAACGAGGAAUACAAAAAGAAUUUGAAUUGCAUCAAAAAUGGUUAAAUUGUUGGCUUCAUCUUCCCUUACGCAUGUGUCGUCUUGGUGGAAAUAAUGCCCAACAAUUUGCACGUAGUUAUUGGCAUAUAGUACUUAAAAAGCCUUGGCCGAAAAUUCCUAGUCUAAAAGAACUUUGCUAUGCAAAGCAUCUUGAAACCGACGUUAUUGAAGAAAAUUUCGGUCCUAAGGAUGCAUUAACUAAUGAAAUGUUUUUGCAAGAAUUCAGUUCAUUCGUUAAUGAAAUUCAAGUAACUGGUGAACAAUUGAGAGAUAUUCGAAAAGAAAACAGAAUAGCUUACAAACCACAAGAUUCCGCUUCAUUAAUCCAGUCAGACGGGCAACGAGAGCAAGAGGCAGAUAAUCUGUUUAAAAAAUUAUUUAUAAGUCGACUUAAAACAAUAUAG